UUCGUCUGUCAAUCACUCUCAACUCUCGGCGCAGCCGUUUCCAGGAAACGCACCAGAGAGGCGACAUUUUUCACUUUAUAAACCUAAAAUCUCACUCCAUCCACCACCACCACCACCACCGCCGCCGCAUAAUCUUCUUCACUUUACCUUCCCUUCGCUUUUCUCAGGUGACUUUAUAAACCUAAAAUCUUUUGAUUCUCUUGGUUGACCUUGUUUCUGUUUGGAGGCGUAGAUAACUAUGGAUCCAAACCUCAACGCUUUCACAGAUCGCAUGGCUGAUUAUCAGACCUCUCUAACCCAAUCAUACGAUGAUGGGUUUAGACUAAAUGAUUUUGUAUUCAACGACCCAUCUCCAGAUUUUGUUCCUUUCGUUGAUAAUUCCCUUUUCCCCUACCAACCAGAUCCUAACAAGUUUUCAGGAGCGGUGGAUUUGAACUUGGGUGUGGUGGCUUCAGGGCAAAGCCCUGAUGGCGACUCUUCCUCGGACGAGUUAGACUUCAGGGAAAGUGUUCUUAAGUACAUCAGCCAAAUACUGAUGGAAGAGAAUUUGGAGGAGAAGCCUUGCAUGUUUUAUGAUCCUUUGGGUCUUGAAAAUACCGAGAAAUCUUUCUAUGAUGCUCUUGGUAAGAACUACCCUCCCCCUUCGCCUAACCAACCUCCCCUAGAUUGCGAGAGCUCUGAAGAUGUUUGUCGUGGAAGCGACAGUGAUCGUACAAGUACUGCUGUUAGUGCUGCCAACAGCAAUUCGCCGGACCCCCAAUGGGUUGUUGAUCCUGGAGAAAGUAAGUCUUCUAUACUAACAAGAUCUAUUCCUAGUAGUUCGUAUCAAAGCAGCCUAACUAUUAAUAGUCAUGAGCUUGUCACGGAGCUGUUGGCUCAGAAUAUCUUUAGUGAUAGCACAUCCAUCUUGCAAUAUCAAAAAGGGUUGGAGGAGGCAAGUAAGUUUCUCCCAGUGGGUAAUCAGCUGAAUAUCGAUCUUAGCAGUGGCAAAUUCACAGGAGUAGCUCCUAAGGUAACGGAUACAACAGACAAUUCGCCUAAUGGAUCAAAGAGAAGGAAGAAUCGUGGACCUGAAGCUGUAGAUUUGGAUUCAGAAGGGAGAAAAAACAAGCAUGCAACCAUUUAUGGGGAUGAGGAAGAAUUAACUGACAUGUUCGAUAAGGUUCUACUCCAUGAUUGUGGAAGUGAGGCCUCUGCAAAUGGUGGAUGUGAGAAAUUGCAGAAUAAUCGACAAGUUCAUGGUGGAUCUAAUGCUGGGAAAGCUCGGGAAAAGAAACAGGAUAAGAGAAAUAACUCUGUGGAUUUGAGGAAUCUUCUGAUAUUAUGUGCACAAGCUGUGUCUUCUGAUGACCGUAGGAUUGCGUAUGAACUACUUAAGCAGAUUAGACAGCAUUCUACAACGACUGGGGAUGGUUCCCAAAGGAUGGCUCAUUUCUUUUCUAAUGCUCUUGAGGCUCGGAUGGUUGGCACUGGCACAGGAAGUAGGAUUUACUAUGAUUCACUAGCUCAAAGCAAUAUUUCAGCGGCUGAUAUGUUGAAAGCUUACCAAGCUCAUCUUUCAUCCUGCCCUUUUAAGAAGCUCUCUCUCUUUUUCAUGAUCAAAAUGAUUUUGAAGGUUGCGGAGAAUGCUAAAAGUCUGCAUGUUAUUGAUUUUGGCAUUUGCUAUGGUUUCCUAUGGCCAAUGUUAAUUCAGUUUCUUGCACUACUACCUGAUGGUCCACCCAAGCUACGCAUUACUGGUAUUGAUUAUCCUCUACCAGGAUUUCGUCCAGAAGAAAAGAUUCAAGAGUCAGGUCGCCGUUUGGCGAAAUACUGUGAGCGCUUUAAAGUUCCUUUUCAAUAUCAAGCCAUAGCAUCAAAUAACUGGGAAACUAUCCGAGUCGAGGACUUAAAGCUUGAUAGCAAUGACGUGCUAGUUGUGAACUGUUUCUACAGGUUUAACAGCCUACUUGAUGAAACUGUCGAAGAAAGUAGUCCAAGGGAUAUUGUUCUACGUUUAAUAAGGAAGAUGAAUCCAAACAUCUUUGUCCAUUCUGUGGUUAAUGGAUCCUACAAUGCACCUUUCUUCAUAACACGAUUCAGGGAAGCACUCUUCCACUUCUCUGCAUUGUAUGAUGCUUUAGACGUUAAUUUACCUCGAGACAGUGAAGAGAGGAUGAUGCUAGAGAGAGAAUUUCUCGGUCGCCAAAUUAUGAACGUAGUAGCAUGUGAGGGAGUUCAGAGGGUUGAGAGGCCUGAACCCUAUAAGCAGUGGCAGGUUCGGUGUAUGAGGGCAGGUUUCAAGCAGCUUCCUUUGGACAAGGAGAUCAUGUGCAAGUUCAGGACCAAGUUAACAUCCCAUUACCACAAAGAUUUUGUACUAGAUGAAGAUGAGGGCUGGAUGCUUCAAGGAUGGAAAGGACGGAUAGUCUAUGCUUCUUGUUGUUGGGUGCCUGCAUAGACAUAUAGCUUGCUAUAAUUUGGGACAAGAAAAUGGGACCCGAAACAGUACCGAGAGGUGCAUUCAAUUCUAUCAUAGAUGAUAAUGACAGAGGCAAACCUAUUGUGUGUAUUUCUCUUUACUCAUGGAAGUUUGAGGUAGUGCAUCCAUGAAGCCAGAUUGUUUCACUUAUUAUAUCUGUGCAAAGCAUUACCUUGUAACCUUAGUAGGUACUAGUACUAGUAUGAUGACCAUGAACUGUGGGAAUUAAACAUGUGAUCAGGAGAACGGUUUCUCUUUGUACAUAAAGACGGUAGCUGAUCAUUGGUUUGAGUCUAUUCCUUAAAA